AUGGGUUCUUCUGAUGAUGUAUUGGCUAGUUUUUCUCAUGGUAUUGAUAGAUUUGCAUUCCAGGCGAAUAUUUCACAGAGAAACGUUGUAGACAUCUAUCCAUUAGAUCCAUCUAAAUCUUAUAAGAUUAACAGUUCUUUGGUUAAUCAUUUGGAUUACGAGCAAAAUGAUUUUAAGGCCUCAGAUGUGAUAUUUGCCGGAUGGUGUAGUAACGCUGAUUCGGUUGUGGCCACAACUCAGUCAAAGAGAAAAAUAAGCGAUAAUGAUGAACAAGUUGAAGAAAUAGUCGAUAGUAAAAGUGAGGGAUAUUUUAUAAAUGGGUUUAGUGAUGGAAGAGUUGUUGCAUUUUCUUCCAAUGGGAAGGAUAUCGUCAAUAUCAUCCGCAACAAAGAUGAGAUAGUGGGUGUUGCUACAGAAGGUCCAUUCAUUUGGAUUCUAGACAGUGAUAAAUGUGUUAAAAAACUGGAGUAUAAUAAAUCAAAACCUAUUAAAACGUUUCAUCUAGUUGAUGGGAAAGAUGAAACGAUUACACACUUCCAAUUGUUACACUCUCAAGAGACAUUAUACUUGGGGAUUAUAACCGAAAAUUCUGUCUACAUUGUGGAUCCAUCUAAGAGAAGACCUGUCACUGUGGCCAACUAUAAUAUUUUUGGUGCUAUAUCAUGUGAAUUCUCUGAGGAUGGUAAAUAUUUUAUUAUUGCUAAUAUUGAUAAGAUAGCUGUUUUUGAUGCUACCACAGAACAAGAAGUACAAACUUGGUCAGCUCAAAGUGAGAAAUUGAAAGUCAUUGAUGAAUACGUUGGAAGUUUGAACGUAGAUGGUAAAAUAACGUUCUAUACCCUUGGUGAAAACGAUGCAAUCUGCUCAAUUGAUGUCUCCGGUUCAGAAGCAAUUGAUUUUGUAGAAACAGGUUCUAAUGUUCUGAUUGCUUGGUUAAAUGUCAAUGAACCAAAUUUUACAAAAAUAAGUUUAGAUACCAUAAAAAAUAAUAAAGAAAUUAUCCUAAAUGAAGGUAAUAAGCAACCUGUCGAGGCUGAAUCCAACCAAGACAAAAUUAAAGAACCAGAAGUGUUGAAGGAGGAAGAGAAUGAAAAACCAUUAAAGAAUAAAAUAACUAAAACUGAACAGAAUGAAUUAAGCGAAAAUCUAUUGAAAUGCCUGGAGACAGAAACUCCUGAAGAAACUAUUCUAGACUAUGUGCUUUCCGAUAAAUGGACGGAAGCAAGAAUAAAGAAAUUUGUGUCUACCCAAAUAAGAGCACCUGAAGUAGUAGCAAAAUUAACUGACAUUAUCACUUCUGAAUUAAACAAGAGAACAUGGAGUAAAAGUGGAUUAUUAACAAUAUGGUUAAAGUGGCUUUUUACCUUCAGGAAUACCGAACUGAACUCCAUGAAAAAUAAACAUACCAAGAAAAAUAUAAAACAUCUAAAAAGCUCCUUAAAGACUUCGAGUGACACUUUGCCGAUUCUAUUGGGAAUUCAAGGGAAGCUGGAAAUGUUAAAGAACCAAGCCAACUUGAGAAAAUACCUCCAAGAGCUAAAAAUACAAGAUGAGGAAGUUAAUGCAGAAGCCGAAAUAAUUGACGAAGAGCAAUUAAUUGAUGGUAACGGGGAAGAAAGUCAUUCCAACAGUGAGAUAUUUGUUGAUGCCACGGAGUUCUAA